AUGGCCGAGCCAAUACCUUCCGCCGGCGACGGCGACGACCAGCGUCUACCCGCCAAUGCCGAAGACCGCAAAGCCGCAGCUGCUCUUUCGUCGCUCAACAACAAUGAAAUCUCCCAGGGAGACGAUGCCGGUAGCAAGCUUUCUUCUGCUGCCGCACAAGAGGCCCUUGGAAAGGCAAUGAGUCGGCUGGAAAUUGCUGCCGGCGGGGGUGCCAACAAGACGACUGCUACUGCUACUCCCAGUACCGGGACGGCGGGACAAAAGGAGGAGGUGGUAAAGAAGAAGGCUGUCAAGAUUGCAGCGGAGGAUGUUACAUUACUUGUUGACGAGCUUGAUCUUACCAAAAACAAAGCUACCGAGUUGCUGAAAUUGCACGAUGGGGAUGUCAAACAGGCACUUCGCGCAUUUAUUACACCUGCAGCAGCAGCAGCAUGA